AUGAAAAUCAUAUGGACCGUCUAUUUCCAUCCACUUCGCAACCUCCCCGGUCCUAAAUUGUGGAUUGCAUUUCCUAUCAGUCGCUUUAUCGCUCUUUCCCGUGGUCAAUUAGAGACCAGAAUGCGAGAUUUACACGAAAAAUACGGCGAAGUCGUUCGCUUUGGUCCAAAUGAAGUCUCUUUCAUCACUGCCCAGGCAUGGAAGGACAUAUAUGGUCAUGGCCAUCAGCAACUACCGAAGGUGCUGCAUUCAACCAGUAACCCGUCUGACAUUACUAGCGCCAACGACACAGAUCAUAGUCGCCUUCGCAGGUCCCUGGCACAUGCCUUUUCUGCGAAGGGCCUACAAUCUCAAGAACCUAUAAUCACCAAAUAUGUGGAUCUCUUGAUACAAAAGCUGAAAAUCAUUGCCGCUUCGUCCAUUCCGGAAGCCGAUAUGGUAAAGUGGUACAACUUGACCACGUUUGACAUACUUGGAGAUCUUGCUUUCGGUGAGCCAUUUGGAGGAUUAGAAUCUUCUGAAUAUCAUUACUGGGUAUCAACCAUCUUUCAGGCGAUUAGAGGCAUGUCCCUUGUGCAAUUCAAAGAUGCCUAUCCCCUUCCGUUUAGAAUAUUGUCCCUUUUCGUCGGUUCAAAGCGUCUGAUGAGUGCACGGGAAAGACAAAUCGAAUUUAGCCGAGCCACUGUUCAGAAACGUCUCCAGCUUCAAGGUCACAGAGAAUGCACAGAUUUCAUUGGUAGCAUGUUGCGGCAUCGCGGAGAAUCAAGCAAAGAGGUUACCGAGGAGGAGUUAGAAGCGAACUCUAACGUCUUGGUUAUUGCUGGCAGCGAGACGACAGCUACAUUACUUUCUGGAAUCACUUAUUGGCUGCUGCGAACGCCGCACGCAAUGGAAGAAAUCACUCGAGAAACAAGAUCUGCCAUGAAAAGUGAGCAUGAUAUCACCAUAUCAAGCACCGCAAAUCUGCCAUAUAUGCUCGCAUGUCUCAAGGAGGCAUUGCGAAUGUAUCCGCCAGCGCCCUCUGGACAACAGCGGAUGACACUUGGGCCUAGGCCAACUCAAGUUUCGGGCUACCUCAUGCCCCCACAUGUAAGCAAGGAACUCGCAAUGUUGUUCUUUUUCAACGCAUAA